UUUUGUAGUCUACCAGCUUUGUACGUUAGUGUAUAUCGCUCUAAAAGCAAACAGCAUAACAAAGUGAAAAAUAAAAACCAGCUGGAGUGUUAAUUUCUGUGAGCUGACGGACAGUUUGUCAGUGAGCGUGCUGAAGGAGGGUCGCUUUCAGUUCCACUCCUUGAAACUCGUGAGCUAUGCACGGUCGGGUGAAGGUCAAGUCCACUGCUCAGCAGGAAGAGGAGAAGAGGAAAGAGCGAGAGAAGAAGCUGAAAGUGUACCUGACAGUUCGAGACACUGUCUUUAAGAAGAGGAGUGAUAGUGAGCUGGAUGAAGAAGCUCUCCAGCUCACACAGCAGCUCCUGUCUUCGAACCCAGACUUCGCCACACUGUGGAACUACAGGAGAGAGAUCCUGCUGCACUUGGAGACUGUGAAAGAAGAGGAGGAGAUGCAGAAACUGUACGAAGCUGAACUGCUCUUCAUCGAGUCAUGUCUGAAAGUGAACCCCAAGUCAUAUGGGAGCUGGCAUCACCGUGGAUGGGCAUCAUCCCGCCUCCCAAGACCCAACUGGCAAAGAGAACUCAGCCUCUGUGACCAAUGCCUCAACCUGGAUGACCGCAACUUUCACUGUUGGGAUUACCGCCGCUUGGUGGUAAAGCUGUCUGGAGUUUCUGUCGAAAAGGAGCUCCAAUUUACAGACCGGCUGAUUGGAUCAAACUUUUCCAAUUACUCAAGCUGGCACUACCGGAGCACACUGCUGCCCCUGCUGCAUCCACAGCCUCCAUCUGAUCUGGCAUCAGCCUGCCAAAAACACACUCGUACAUCACCCACAGCCUCACCUCAGAUGCAUGGGCACCGUGUAUGUGAGGAGCAGCUGCUCAAAGAAUAUGAACUGGUGCAAAACGCCGUCUUCACAGACCCGAAUGAUCAGAGUGCCUGGUUCUACUACCGCUGGCUACUGGGAAGAGCUGAGCGUGAGGAGCUGAUUAGCUGUGUGUAUGUGAGCAGAGAGGGAGAGCGAGUCGCUGUGGCUUUCUCCAAACCUGUUGAUGUUGUGAGUUUGCUGUUGGUGUUAGAUGGUCAGCCUCAGCAGGUGGAGUGGAGAAGCUUUCACCCUCAAUUUCGCCACAGCCCCGUCUGGUUGUGUGAGCUUCCUCCUGGCUCUAUCAGCGACAUCAACAAUGAACACAACUUGACUGUGCACUGGACAGAGAAACACACACAACGAGACUGCGCACUUUAUACAGGUCGAAUGGAGAGUUGGUGCAGGGACUCCGCCACAGAUCAGGAGCUCUUCAGGAGUGAGCUUUCUGUGGAGAAGACCUCAGUUCUGCAGUCUGAGCUCCAGUCCUGUACUCAGCUCCUGGAACUGGAGCCUCAGAAUAAAUGGUGCCUGUUAACUAUAAUCCUCCUGAUGAGAGCUCUGGAUCCUUUAGGUCAUGAGAAAGAGACGCUCGCUCAUUUCCAGAUGUUGAAGGAAGUCGACCCCAUGCGCAGCUCCUACUACAGCGACCUCUGCAGUAAGUUUAUGAUCGAGAAUACUAUUCUGAAAAUGGAGUAUGCCGAGGUGCGGGUCUUCAGCCUCUCGGAUAAGAACCUGAGCACACUUUGUCAUCUGGACCAGCUCCUACUGGUCACGCAUAUCAAUCUAUGCUCCAAUCAGCUCGUGAAGCUGCCGCCACAAUUCGCCAUGUUGCACUGCCUGGAGGUUCUGGAGGCUGAUGAUAAUGCCAUAGAGAAUCUGGAGGGACUUUACCAGCUGCCCAAACUGGAGGACGUGUCGUUGAAAAACAAUCAAAUCUCGAAAAUCUCCGACCUAUCGCCACUGGCAACAUGUCCGAAGCUCACCAGGCUGGACCUCCGUGGCAACCCGGUCACCAAGACUGCCAAUAUCCAGGUGGCGCUAGCUGAGCUGCUGCCAUCAGUUACUGACAUUUUACUGUGAUAAACUCCCAAGGAUAGAAACUCUGUGUGUUUUUCACGCAUUACCUUGCCUAUUUAUUCUGACGUGGAGCCUUAUCAGAAGUGAACAUUCGUUUUAGUACUGUACAUCUACACUGGGCUCAAAGAGACUUCAGAGUCAGUGUGUGCGUAAAUAUUAAUUUAUACCACAGCAUUGUUAAAUUCUCGAUUCUGAAAUUCUGUAAUAGCAGCUCAGAGGUUUAUAUUGAUGUGCUUGUUCUGAAACAUAAUUGUUUCUAUAGUAAAGGCUCAUUUACAAAGAAUUACUGGACAGCGGAUGCACCACACAAAUGGAUUAAGAAAUGUCUGUAAUCAUUGAUUUUUUUUUUUUUCUAUGAGAAGUUAGUUUAAGAUUUAUGGAAGGAGUCUCUGGUGUCACUGCUUUGUAAAAGUAAAUUUUUUUCCCUGUCUUAUUAAUUUCAUAACCGAGCGAGAGGUGGGGUAAAUAGAUGCUGGUGCAGGAACGACUGUUUAUAGGUGCUGUAACAAGUGAUACUUGGUACUAAAGAUGUUAGAUGUUCCACAACAUUAAAUGUAGCUACAAAUGGAUAAAAAGUGUGGCAAAUGUAAUCAGUGGCAAGUUGCUGUAGUGUAAGAGGAUUAAAACACUUCAGGAUGUGUUAUAGAAAAAUAACUGCAGGGUGCUAAUGAUAAAUCUGCUUCAUUUCAAGCUGCAUGAUUGUUUUCUGUUAAGAGCACACUGCAAAAUGUUUUAUUCCUUUUGUGUUUCAGAUUCUGCAUGCUGAGACCACCAACCUCAUGUUAGUUCUCACGUUUUCAGAUUUGCAUAUUGCGUACUACAUGCUAAAACAGUAGUUUCCAUGUGUAUGUGUCCCCAUCUCCAGGGAUAUUCCCCGUUACAAAAAUAAGAAGAGGUUGCUCCAUAAUGUAACAAUCUCUCUGAUGAUCUAGGAAGUGUUCAUAAUGCAGUUUGAAUGAGUUACUCACCUAAGCCAAACAUGAUUGUACGUGAACAAGACGUAAUUUGUGUGUGUGUGUGUUUUUGCGCAUACAGUCACAUAGACAUGUAAAACCCACGAAUAAAACAUCUCUCACUG